GAUCCUCUCCUCGGCCCGGCUCAGUCCGGCUUGUGAUGAUGGGUCGCAACGACAAGCUGCUGACGGUGGGACUCUGACCCCCCCCCCACACACACACACACACACACACACACGCCUUCCAGGCCCCCACCCCCGGGCCCCCACAUUCACACUCGCACUUGUGCCUUCACACUUUCACAUUAAAAGCUUUAAGCUCAAUCCCGUUUGAUUGUUUUUGCUGUUGUUGUCGUCGUUGUUUUGCUUUCUUCGAAUAACCGAUUUGAAGCGCGCCGCGGUUACUUAGGGGCGGUCAAGCGAAGCCCGGCGCGACCUUUUCAAACGCAACAGCGCGAGCCAUCGUCGCAGUCUUAUUUUGAAAGGUCGGCGCGUGCCUUUACACGCGCGCUCCCGCGUGAGUCGCUGGAGCCGAGUCGCUCGAGCUUCUUUGGGACUUUGGGACGGCGACAUGAAGACAAACGAGUGACGGGCGGCGGCAGCAGCAGCAGCGCGCCAAGCAUCACGGGCUCCUCAUUGGCUGGAGGAGGACGAGUGGGCGGGGCAUCUCAUGAGCACCGGACCGGGCUCUGCUCGACCUGCGGAAGCAACAUGAGACUCAGGCGCUUCCUGAUGCUCCUGACCUGCACCGCCGUUCUUGGGGGCGACGACACGGAGCUGUGCGCCGGGCGAGACUGUUCCGCCUGUCGAUGCUUUCCGGCGAAGGGAGCCAGGGGGUCUCCGGGGUCUCUUGGGCCUCAGGGCCCUCAGGGGCCCCCAGGCUUCCCAGGCCCGCAGGGUCCUCCAGGAGAGAAAGGCAAGCGAGGAGCCGAAGGCUCGGCAGGACCUCCGGGACCAAAAGGAGACACGGGAGCUGUUGGUGUUCCCGGAUUUCCUGGUUUAGAGGGAGUCCCGGGUCACCCGGGCCCAGCUGGUGGUCCUGGUUUUCCAGGUGUGGAUGGAUGUAAUGGGACGAGAGGAAGACAGGGAAAUCCUGGACUACCUGGAGAACAAGGGCCCCGCGGUGCAACGGGCUUUCAAGGAUCAAAGGGAUUUCCGGGAGAUCCGGCGUUCUUCUUUCUCCAGUAUCCUGGAGUCCCCGGUGACGCCGGCCUCGAGGGACUUCCUGGUCUGCCGGGUGGACCAGGUCCGAGAGGUUUAACGGGAUUCUUGGGUGCUGGUGGUCCUGACGGACUAAAUGGUCUCCCUGGCCUGCCAGGUUCCAGGGGUCUGCCUGGCGAACGAGGUCGAUCGGUGCUGGGACCGAAAGGGGAUGAGGGUGAACAAGGUUUACAGGGUCCCCCGGGCCCAUUUGAGUAUGUAGACCCCCCAGAGGAAUUCUACAUCAAAGGAGAGCAGGGUCCGGCGGGGCCCAAAGGGGUUUGUGGAGCGCAAGGCCUGCCAGGUCUGGAUGUUUUCCCUGGCGUCAAGGGCGAGAAGGGGAUUGUGGGACUUCCUGGACCCAGGGGCUUUCAAGGAUCAAAGGGAUUUCCGGGAGAUCCGGCGUUCUUCUUUCUCCAGUAUCCUGGAGUCCCCGGUGACGCCGGCCUCGAGGGACUUCCUGGUCUGCCGGGUGGACCAGGUCCGAGAGGUUUAACGGGAUUCUUGGGUGCUGGUGGUCCUGACGGACUAAAUGGUCUCCCUGGCCUGCCAGGUUCCAGGGGUCUGCCUGGCGAACGAGGUCGAUCGGUGCUGGGACCGAAAGGGGAUGAGGGUGAACAAGGUUUACAGGGUCCCCCGGGCCCAUUUGAGUAUGUAGACCCCCCAGAGGAAUUCUACAUCAAAGGAGAGCAGGGUCCGGCGGGGCCCAAAGGGGUUUGUGGAGCGCAAGGCCUGCCAGGUCUGGAUGUUUUCCCUGGCGUCAAGGGCGAGAAGGGGAUUGUGGGACUUCCUGGACCCAGGGGACUCCCGGGACGCCCUGGUCUACCUGGUUACAAAGGAGCUCAGGGCCCUGGAGGAAGCUCUGGUCUUCCAGGUUUGAUCGGACAAGAAGGUCCAAAGGGCAUGAUGGGAGAUCCUGGUCUCAAAGGCCUCCCUCGGGAAAUUGUCAUCACCCUUUUGGGUGACGCUGGAGAUCCAGGGACUCCGGGCCUGACAGGACCUCCGGGAGAUCGUGGAUUCAUGGGACCGCAAGGGCCCCGAGGAUCCCCUGGUAGAUCCAUACCAGGGCCAGCAGGUGUGGUGGGAGUGAGGGGGACUCCUGGAUGCAGAGGUGACAAAGGAGAUCCAGGUCAGGUUAUCACAGAUCAAGCAUUACCUGGAGAAACUGGAAGACCUGGCAGCCCAGGCCCCAGAGGUGCAAAAGGCCAACCUGGGAUGCCAGGCUUUUACUGCCUUCCGGGAGUGCCAGGAGAAUCUGGAGAACCUGGUGAACUAGGGCCUUUUGGCCCACCAGGUGAUCGGGGAUUCAAAGGGCGCCAAGGUGAAUGCUUCUGUGGUCCUCCAUUUAUGGUGAGGGGAGCCCCAGGCCCAGUGGGGAAGCCCGGUUUGGCGGGGUAUCCAGGGUCCCCUGGAGCUCAGGGGCCAAGAGGGGAGACAGGCUGCGUGGGAGACACGGGUGUGACUGGACAGCCGGGCCUCGGUGGCUUACCUGGUGUCAAAGGGUUCAAAGGUCAAAAAGGAGACUUCAUUGUGGUAGAAAUCAAAGGUGAGAAGGGCGCAAGAGGUGAGCCGGGUCUUGCAGGUAGACAAGGUUUUCCUGGGAGAAGAGGGCAGGAUGGACUCCCAGGACUCCCCGGAAGCCCUGGACCUCAGGGAGAACGUACCUCCAGUUCUCCAGGGGACAGAGGCCUGAAGGGUCUCCCUGGCCCCAAAGGACUAACUGGACCCACUGGACCCCAGGGAUCCGGUGUGGUUGGGGCAAUAGGAAAUCGGGGCGAUCCAGGAUCCCCGGGACUUCCAGGUUUCGCUGGCUUCCCUGGCCUGAAAGGUGCUCAAGGUGAAACACUUCCUUGUAUACCCAGAAACCCUGGAGCCCCAGGACAGAAAGGGGAGGCCGGAGAUACAGGCCUCAGAGGGCUUCCUGGUCCUCCUGGUUUCAAUGGAUUCACUGGACCCGAUGGACCUAAAGGGGAAAAAGGACAGUCUGGACUUCCUGGACCACACGGACUAGCAGGACCACGAGGUCUUAUUGGAGAUAUUGGAGUUGAAGGACCUGAAGGCUUCAGUUUUGCCGGAGAGCCAGGCUCUCCGGGUGCACCGGGCACUCCUGGACUGAGAGGACCAGCUGGUGAGUCUUAUGUGGGGACCUCAGGACCCGUUGGCUUUCCAGGCUUAGUGGGCUCUCCGGGACCUAAAGGAGUCCCAGGCCAAGCUGGCAACCAGGGUUUCCAAGGGGUCCCAGGUCUGCCCGGAGUUCCAGGGCCUAAGGGCCAAAGAGGACAGGAUGGGGCACCGGGCAAUAAUGGUUCCCCCGGCCCCAUCUCUGAUCUGUGCCAAAGAGGAAAACCUGGUCCCACAGGCCCUCCCGGUCCACAAGGAGCUACUGGCCCCUCUGGAUGUUUUGGGGAGAAAGGUGAUAUGGGAGAACCAGGAUCACCAGGGUAUGGCCCCCGCGGCCCUGUGGGCAAACCAGGGUCUCCUGGUUUUCCUGGGUAUCCGGGACUUCCGGGCCCUCCUGGUCCCAGUGGAGAAUCUGGAUUUGCUGGGUGGGAUGGACAGAAAGGUCUGACGGGACCCCUUGGUAACAACGGUGUCCAAGGAGUGCAAGGAUUGAUUGGGUUCCCAGGAUAUCCAGGGGGGACAGGAGAGAGAGGACCUAAUGGACAAGAUGGCAGGCCAGGAUGUCAAGGUCCCAAAGGAGAGAAGGGCUGUAAAGGGUACCCGGGACCGACCGGGGAGACAGUGGGUGUCCCUAUCAAAGGUGAAAGAGGAAAGCCUGGUCCGCCCGGUGUCAAUGGUUUCCCCGGUGCACGAGGAAAUAAGGGUGCACGAGGACUUUUGGGCAAGCCUGGGCCCCCAGGCACCAAUAUGCCGCCGGGCAUCAGCGGGACGCCGGGUCCACAAGGGUCUUUAGGCAAACCGGGGCUUUCUGGAGGACCUGGGCCUCCUGGACCUUCCGGUUUUCUUGGCUUCCCUGGAGAACCAGGAGACCCAGGUGACCAAGGAUGCCCUGGGAGGCCCGGAGAACGCGGUCGACGAGGACCUCCUGGGUCCAAAGGUGAUCAAGGAGAGUCGCGCAGUAGACCUGGUUUACCUGGAGACAGGGGGCCUCCUGGAGCCCCGGGACCCCGAGGUGCUUCUGGACCUCGAGGUGAUCCUGGAGCACCUGGUUUCAUCGGAGAGCCAGGUCAGAGAGGCUGCAAAGGAGAUCUCGGACAGCCUGGGGGGCAAGGAGCACCAGGUGUGAUUGGACCCCCAGGCCCCAGAGGCCGCCCAGGGGUUCCAGGUCUUCCUGGCAACGCGGGUGCCGACGGUCCCCCUGGACCGUACGGCAUCUCAGGACUCCAAGGUCCUCCAGGACCACUGGGACUUCACGGCCUGGAUGGACUAAAGGGGGUGAAAGGGGACAUUGGCAGCAGAGGUCUCAGUGUUCCUGGUUCCCAAGGUUCUCAAGGUCUUCCGGGAGAUAAAGGCCCGUUUGGUCCUCCGGGUCUCCCAGGUUCAUCACAGCAUGGACCUCCAGGACCCAAAGGCCCUUCAGGAUCUAGAGGGACACAAGGACAAAUUGGACCUUCGGGUGCAUCCGGACCUGACUGUAAAAACCCCCCCUCUGGGAUUUCAGGAGACCCUGGCGAACCCGGGCCAGAUGGAGAGCCAGGUUACCUUGGCGAGAUGGGCAGUGCGGGUCCUAACCCUCCAGUGCCUGGCGAUGAUGGGGACAACGGGGGCAACGGAUACCCUGGUCCAAAGGGAGACAAAGGGCUUCCAGGGCCCAAGGGACAAGCAGGCAUCGGUGGAUUUCCAGGUUUAAAAGGAGAGCGAGGGUCAAUGGGCCUGAUGGGGAUACCUGGAAAUGCGGGCCCGAGAGGUUUCCCGGGACCAACUGGACCUCUUGGGUCGCAGGGUUGUACUGGUCAGGAGGGUCCAAAGGGGGAGAGAGGCAGAGUUUUCCCUUGCCCCACUUACCCUUCACCCCAACAGGGCCCUCCAGGACCCUCCGGGCUACCGGGUCUUCCAGGAAGUACUGGUUUUCCGGGAGAAAGUGGCCUCAAGGGACUCAAAGGUAUGAAGGGGGAUGCCGGGUGUGUGGGACCCCAAGGCCCUCAGGGACCUCCGGGACCUGUUGGGGAGCCAGGUCGACGAGGCCCAGAGGGGGAGAGCGGUGAGAUGGGAGCAAAAGGUGAUCCUGGUUUGACUGGAGACCGUGGAGCCCCUGGACCAUCCAGACCCUUGAACGCGGGCUUCCUAAUGGUCAUCCACAGCCAGUCCAGAGCGCCUCCAUCGUGCCCGCAGGGGAUGCAAACUCUGUGGGUGGGAUACAGCCUGUUGUACCUGGAAGGCCAGGAGAAGGCGCACACUCAGGACCUCGGCCAGGCGGGCUCGUGCAUGCGCGUCUUCUCCACCAUGCCCUUCGCCUCGUGCAACAUGGGAACGUGCUCGUACGCCGGCCGCAACGACAAAUCCUACUGGCUGUCGGCCACGGCCGCCGUGCCCGCCCUGCCCGUGGCCGGAGCCUCCAUCGAAGAGCACAUCAGCCGCUGCGCCGUUUGCGAGGCGCCCUCCGCCCCCGCGGCCCUGCACAGCCAGUCGUCCAGCCGCCCUCCGUGCCCUCCCGACUGGACCAGCCUGUGGACCGGCUAUUCCUUCCUCAUGCACACGGGCGCCGGCGACGAGGGCGGCGGUCAGUCGCUGACGUCGUCGGGCAGUUGCCUGCGGGACUUCCGGCCGCAGCCCUUCGUGGAGUGCCAGGGCCCGCGGGGGACGUGCCACUACUUUGCCAACAUCUACAGCUUCUGGCUGACGGCGCCCGACGCCGAGGCCCGCCGGCACGCCGCCAACGUGGGACGCUGCAACGUCUGCAUCAAGGUGGCCCCGCCCCCGCAGCAAACGCCCGCCUCCGAUGACGACCGCUUCGAAUGA